AUGAAGGAUAAGGAUAGCGUGUGGAACAAACCAGAUCCAGCCGCCAUCAAACAGCUGGUUGAGGCACACCAACUGGAGGCCAAACAACACGGACAAGCUUCUAUAGUCACCUCGAUACCCCAGGUUGAUAAGACAGAAGAAAUUGAGGCUGGUUUGGUGAACAUCCCACCUUCGGCGACGACACAAGCUGAGGUAGAGCAGGCGCAGGAGCUGCCUGCAGAUGUUCCUGCGAUACCAUCAGAUGCUUCCGAGUUUGCUGUGCUCGCAGUAGCGGACAUUCACGAACCAGCUCUGGCCACUUCCGAAUCAACUGUGGUCAACGCUCAAGAGAAUUUCCCAGUGAAGUCGGCCCCCAAGAGCGGAGCUUUCAAGGACACACCUUCAUCAGCUCAGCUCCUCUACGCAAUGGGGGAGAGACAGCUCUCAGAGCUCAAAGACUCGUGCCCGGAAGAGAUGCAAGGUCCAUUCCAGCACCUCUUGGGAUCAGCGGACAACUUGGACAUGGAUGCCGAUUACCAGACAUGGGAAGCAACUUAUCGGAAAGAGACCAAUAAAUCUACACUUGAUCACCCAGAUGAUCAGGUCACUUUGCAAGAGGCUCAGGAUGCACUGGAGAAACUUCAGGCUGAUAAAGCGGCCAAGAAACAAAUGUGGAUUGUCUUACAAAUGUAUGCUCGUAUAGAAGUCAAAUUCUUGGAGGACACUCGUGCAAAGUCCGCCGACUUUGGAUUACGUAUACUGGCUUUGCAUGACAGCUUUCUGCAAACCGAGAUAGAGUUGAAAGAACGUGUCAACAAGUUCAUGGAUGCGUGAGGAAUCUUACGGCUUCAUCACCAACCGCCUGCAUGUAGGCUGUACGUUCGAACAAAAUUACUGUUAACAACAAAGCGACAAGCCAUACGGACACUUGUAUCAAGAACUCUGUGUCUCGCAUAUUUGGUGAUGCCUCCACUCAAGGCGAAGCCGCUUUGCUGUAGAGAUUUCUUGUGAGCUUGGAGUGAUCUCAGUAUAUCGUUGAAGAUGGUUUCGGUCCUCGCCGCAAUCUCUGACUGCCACAUUUGCUGCCACCUCUUGAUGAACCGUUCGUCGUCAGAGACCUUGGUCCUCGCAAUCUUGCAUUGCUCUAGGGCCUGUAUGGCGAAUUGCGUCUGGUUGCUCGUCACCACCUUCAAAGAUCGAUAUUCUCCAAGAGUCGCGGAGUCGAGAUCAAGUGCGUAGCUUUUUGUCCACUCAGAUAAAAUCGCU